GGAGUCGGCCAUGCUAACAGCUUUGGAUAGGCUGUCAACAUGAAUAACGUAUCAGCGUUUGUUGGAAAAUUCCUACAGAUGUCGGCCUCUCUGUCCUCUAGGAUAAUGGGCAUGGCACACCAGAGGUUGCCCUUAUUUAGGCUAUCCUCUUUAAAACCAGAUGGAAAUAUUAUGAUGAUUUGUAGAACUUCCACUACCCAAAAUCAGAUAUGCAGAAUUGGAUUAACAAGACCUAAUGGAUGUUUGAACUCAUUUGGUCAUAAAAUUAUGCCUCUGAAUCAGAUGCAUGGUAGGACACAUUUUCAAACAAUGUUACAACUGAGCACACCUUUCCGCAGCAUGACAACAUUGAAUCAGAUGCAUAGACAAGCCCGUCCCAAACCUAAGAAAAAGAAUUCCAUACAAAAAGCCAUGAUGGGAAAACCAGCAAUGAAGGCUGUUGUUCUAAAACCUAUUAUACGUAAACCAAAAAAGCCUAACUCAGCCAACAGGAAAUGUGUCAAAGUACGGCUGAUGAGUGGAAAAGAGGUGAUUGCCUAUAUCCCUGGGGUAGGAAAUAAUCUCCAGGAACAUCAUUUGGUACUUGUAAGGGGCAAGGGCCCCAAAGACUUGGCAGGAGUGAAUUUCACAUGCAUGCGUGGACAGCUUGAUCUUGGUCUUCCACAAAAAAAGAAGUUAUGAGAGGUUUUAAAAUGACAGUAAUCAUGAAAAUUACGAAUAUUUUGUGAAAUGCAAAUUAAAAAAGUAUUGUAAUGGGACUUAUUUCACUUUUGUAUACCAAGAAUGAUAAUCCAUCUGGACCUGUUAUAAUGAAAUUAUAAUGAAAUUAUCAAUAAACAUAUAACAAAACUUGGUCA